UGGGCAGUGGCUGUAGCUAAAGUGCUGUUCCUCUUUCCCCUCGGCUACCAGACUUGCCUUCAGGACUAACCCCAAGAAGCCAUCUAUCAAGAACAAAGACAAGGCAAGAUGGCUAACCUAGCGCUGGUGCUCUGGGACUUGACUGCAGGAUCAAACUUUGACAGGAAGGCAUUGGGGGGCGGUGCUGGAGAAACUGGAAUAAUAGGGUCAGACCCCAGAGGCAGGAGCUAUCCUGUGUGCAGGGCAGGGAACCUCUGAUUGGGGAAUCCAGAGAGGAUGGAUGUGUGUAGGCAGCAAGGGUUACCAAUCCAGUGGAAACUGAGUCACCCCAGGAAGAAUUGGAGUUCUUCUAUUUAUAGGUGAAAUACCAGGCUCCGUAGUAGUCUGUGGGCUUUUCUGAACAUCUUUGUUAUAGUCUCUGGGGGAUGAGCUCCAAAGCAUAGUGCUAGCUUCUUCCCACUCUGCCCCAGAUCCCCCUUUGCAAUAACAUCUCAGAGUAGUUGAAUAGGGUUGAAUAAGGUGGAGGAAAAUUGUGCUCUGCAGAAGGAGAGGAUAGGAGGGUAGGGAGGUAGGCUGGGAGCCGGGACAGCCAGCCCAGAGUCCACAGUGCCUGAGCUCUCUGUCUCCUGAUCCUGAAACGUGCCUUGUAGCCCUCUCCUGGCUGUGAUGCCUUCCUCUCCUGCAGGCUCAAGAUGGAAACUGGUAACAGUAACUUCCUGUAUCUGUGAGAAUGAUGCUUGAUUGGCACAGCUCCUUGAUCCUCACAGCCUACCUCCUCAUCUUCCUUAUUGGCCUCCCCGCCAACCUCCUGGCCCUGCGGGCCUUUGUGGGGCGGGUCCGCCAGCCCCAGCCUGCGCCCGUGCACAUCCUCCUGCUCAGCCUGACGAUGGCUGACCUCCUGCUGCUGCUGCUGCUGCCCUUUCGGAUCAUUGAGGCUGCGUCCAACUUCCGCUGGUAUCUGCCUCAGAUCGUCUGCGCCCUCACUGGGUUUGGCUUCUACAGCAGCAUCUACUGCAGCACGUGGCUCUUGGCAGGCAUCAGCAUCGAGCGCUAUCUGGGAGUGGCCUUCCCUGUGCAGUACAAGCUCUCUCGGCGGCCUAUAUACGGAGUGAUCGCUGCUCUGGUAGCCUGGAUCCUGUCCUUCGGUCACUGCACCAUUGUGAUCUUUGUUCAGUACUUGAAUUCAACCGAGCAGGUGAGAGAUGGAAACGAAGUCACCUGCUAUCAGAACUUCACGAAAGAGCAGCUGGACCUGGUGCUGCCCGUGCGGCUGGAGCUGUGCUUGGUCCUCUUCUUCAUCCCCAUGGCGGUCACCAUCUUCUGCUACUGGCGCUUUGUGUGGAUUAUGCUUACCCAGCCUCAUGUGGGAACCCAGAGGCGGCGGCGAGCCGUGGGACUGGCUGUCGUGACCCUGCUCAACUUCCUCCUGUGCUUCGGACCUUACAACUUGUCACACCUGGUGGGGUUUUUCUUAAGAGAAAGCCCCCCGUGGCGGAAGGAGGCUGUGGUGUUCAGCUCUCUCAAUGCCACCCUGGACCCGCUGCUGUUCUACUUCUCUUCUUCGGUGGUGCGCAGAACUUUUGGUGAAGGGCUGCAGCUGCUGCGCCAUCAGGGCUCCUCCCUGCUGAGGUGCAGAGCCAAAGAGACAGCAGAGGUGACAAGUGGGGACAGGGGCAUGAGUCAAACAGAGAGAAUGCCAAGUUCGGACUUUAUCACAGACUAGCAAUUUCCUGGAUCUUCAGGGCACUCUGGGUCACUCGGGAGUUGGGCAGCCAGGGAGACUGGCAGCUCCCAGAUGCAGAAAUCCGCAGGCUCAAACUAUCACUGGAACUUGGUGAAAACCUCUCUUGCCAGUCUGGUACCCCUGUCUGCCUGGAUUUUCCUUCCUAAGUGAACAUAGCUCAGUGACAUGAGAAGAAAUGGCUAGGCCUAGAAGCACUGUCUGGCCAGGAUGUUAGAAGCAAGGUAGCUAAUACAAAUUUAGGCUUUGUGAGGAAGUUGGUGGAAGGGAAAGGUCUGGCGGAAGCAGAGUCCUAAAGCAAUCUUGCUACAAGCUUAGAAACAGCACCUAGACACUGGUCUGGCUGUUGGUGCUGGCAAGAAGCCAAUGGGAAAGAAAUGGAAGAGAAAUACUAAAUGAGGGCAAGGAAAUCUCCAAAGGGUGCCGAGCCAAGGGGACCAGAAGGGCUUAGAUCUCUACUGAUGGGGAUUUCACUGUAUUAGUUUGACCCAUUGUUUUGUAUGUGUGCUUCAUUCAUUGUCAUGUUAUCGGGUCUCCCCCUUGAAACUGAGGUCUGGAUCCCUUCACGCUUCAUGUUACCCCACACAGACCAACAUGUGGCUUGACACCCACCAUUCUGAGAGUGACACUCACCAGCACAGGAAAAAACAAUCUGUUCCAACAGACUGAAAAUAAAGAUUAUAAAACUGUGAA